GAAAGCAUCAUCCCAAGCUUCUGUUGCUAAGCAUACCUGAAGAAUCUAAGACCAUGCCGGCCAAAACAGCCUUUCAUAUCUUCUCAGGGUAAUCCAGAACCUCUGUGUCUCAUGCUUGUGUGUCGCAAUGGGCUGCGUCAACACCAAGCUUUCUCCCUCUCGCAACGAGAGGUGGAAACGGGACCAUGGCUAUGGAAGUCAAAACAGGGCGGCCAAACACACGAGUCGAGGCUAUUAUUAUCAGAAGCCACUUUCCGACAAGGUACAACAUAGGAUUUCAACUUCAAGAACAGCAGAAAAUGGCGGUGGUGGUGUCAGAGAAGAAGCGGGAGGAGAAAGGUUGGCUCCUGGGGCCGAGAGGGAUGAGGUUGGCAAUAUUUCAAGGAGAUUUGAGGACAAGAAGAUUGGAAAAGAUGUGUAUGUGGGUGCUUGGCCGAAGUGGUUGGUUGAUAAUAUACCUGCGCAUGUUCUGGAUAAGCUGGUUCCCAAGAGUGCUGAUUGUUAUGAAAAGCUUGCCAAGAUAGGACGUGGAACAUAUAGCAACGUGUACAAAGCCAGAGAGAAGGCAGCGGGAAAGAUUGUUGCCAUGAAGAAGGUCCGGUUUGACACAUCGGAUGCAGAAAGUAUAAAGUUCAUGGCGAGAGAAAUCAUGAUUCUGCAGAAGCUGGACCAUCCCAAUGUUAUCAAGCUUGAAGGCAUAGCCACCUCAAGGAUGCAGUAUAGUCUCUACCUAGUCUUCGAUUACAUGCAGUCCGACCUUACCCGAGUCAUCACCCGCCCUGGCGAGAAACUCACUGAACCACAGAUUAAGUGUUACAUGCAGCAAUUGCUUUCUGGACUCCAGCAUUGCCAUGAGAGGGGGGUUAUGCACAGAGACGUAAAAGCUUCAAACUUGCUAAUAGACAAGAAAGGGAUGCUAAAAGUUGCAGAUUUCGGGCUGGCAAAUUCCUUUGAUCUUAAACCACAAGGGCCUUUCACCAAUCGAGUGGUGACACUCUGGUAUAGAGCCCCUGAAUUACUUUUGGGUUCAACUGAUUAUGGAUUCGCCAUCGAUCUCUGGAGUGCUGGAUGCCUCUUGGCUGAGAUGUUUCUUGGAAAACCAAUCAUGCCUGGCAGGACUGAGGUUGAACAAAUGCACAUGAUCUUCAAACUAUGUGGUUCUCCAACGGAGGAUUACUGGAAGAAAUUGAAGCUAAUGACAAGUUAUAGGCCACCAAACUACAAGCCUAAUUAUGAUGAAAUAUUCAGGGCUUUUCCUCCCUCUUCUAUUGGUCUCUUAACUACGCUUCUGGAUCUUGAUCCUAACUAUCGUGGCACUGCUGCCUCUGCUCUCCAGUCUGAAUUCUUCAAGACUAGUCCUUUACCAUGCCCUCCUUCAGCUCUACCGGUAAUAUUCAAAGAGAAGGAUGAGCGCUCACAUCCUAAAGGACGCAAAAAGCAUAGGUCAUCCAAGAAAGGACAAAUACCCCAGCCAAGUAACGCGACUCGGUCAGAAAAGAACAAAAUUGCCGCCGGACAACAAGUCGUGAGAAAUUCAGAAUCCUCGAAAGAGAAGAAGAAUGUGGAAGGAAGCAUGUCUGAUGUAGAAACGGGAAAUAGUCUAAGCGGCACAUCAUCGAACUCGAAACAAUAUACCACAGAAGGGAGCUUGAAUACGUCACUGACUCUGUCUCCAGUUUUUCUGUCCAGUGGUGAGAAAAGAUCUCCCAGGACUGAAGCACAUCCCAAUGCUCUCAAAAACGUCAAGAACUAUAGCAGCUACUUGCAGGCCAUGAUGAAUGGCAAAGAAGGCAGUGACCCAGCUCAAUUUCGCCGAUCCUUUUCUCUUGUGGAUUAUCGGUUUGAUCCGGAUAAGUUAUCUAAUCUCAUUGAAUUAAAUAAGAGGUUGGGCAAUCGAAAUUGAGAAAUAGAUCACUUGAAGGGCACUUACAGGUGCAAGGUAAAAGAGAAACAGAGAGGAAGGGUCCCAGUUUUAUAAGAUCCACAAGUGAGGCUAUUACCAUUCCUUUUCUAUUUCUCUCUAUUAUUUGCCUAAACCGUACUUAAGUGUCGCAUGUUUUCGAGUUUUUUCUCCUAUUGCUGUUCCAUAAAUAAAUGAGUCCGCAUUUUGGACUGCAUGCAACUUCAAAAAGUUUCUGGUGAAUUUUCCACAUUAAAAGAGUUAGAGCAUAUAUGUUUGUGAGAUAUUGUAUGGUGGUUAUAAAAUAUUGUCUAUUUUAAACUA